CGAGCUCUCUUUAGGAAGGGAGGCGGAGGACACCGAGGCCUGCCCGGGGGCGGCCUUUUCCGGACAUCUCUCAGCCCUGGUCUGAGAGCCGAGCCCCCCGAAAAGGCGGCAGAGCCCGCGGUCUGGGGCCGCGCCUGGUGUUCCCUUCCCAGUCACCUCCCCCCUGUGCUCCCCUAGCGGGGCGUGUUUCUCCAUCCCAGGGAGGACUUGUCUCCCCAAGUGACCCGGGGACACUACGCGGAGAGAGCCGAAGCGAACCUUCAGCAUGACGGAGAACUCAGCCCCGGCUUCCAAGCCCAAGAAGGCGAAGGCCUCAAAGAAGUCCACGGACCACCCGAAGUACUCGGACAUGAUCGUGGCGGCCAUCCAGGCGGAGAAGAACCGGGCCGGUUCCUCCCGCCAGUCCAUCCAGAAGUACAUUAAGAACCACUACAAAGUGGGAGAGAACGCGGACUCGCAGAUCAAGUUGUCCAUCAAAAGACUGGUCACCAAUGGGGUCCUCAAGCAGACCAAAGGGGUGGGCGCCUCGGGCUCCUUCCGGUUAGCCAAGGGCGACGAGCCCAAGAAACCGGCGGUCAAGAAGGCGAAGAAGGAAGUCAAGAAGGCGGCGACCCCCAGGAGGGCGUCGAAGCCCAAGAAGGCUGCCACCACCAAGACUCCGGCCAAGAAGCCCAAAGCCGCGGCCAAGAAAGUGAAGAAAAAAGCCGCGACCCCGGCGAAGAAAGCCAAGAAGCCCAAGACUGUCAAAAGUAAGCCGGUGAAGGCGUCGAAGCCCAAGAAAGCCAAGCCCUCGAAGCCCAAAGCCAAGUCCAGUGCCAAGAAAUCCGCCAAGAAGAAGUGAACGGGAAGUCCUUCUGGACGCUUUCUGGCGCUGCUUCUGUAAAUAGAUUUCGCCUAUCCCCGUCUCUUUCCCCCUGGUCCCCUUUCUAUUGCGACUUUAUAAUGAGACUGAACUUUUAUUCCUCGGAAAUUGUUAAAUAAUUCCUAUAUUCUUAACCGAUCAACCGAGAACAGUCCGAUCAGCCAAUCUCCAUAAUCAUGAGACUGUCCUUAAUUUUUGUUUUGUUAACUUGUUUUUUAAGACCUUUCCGAUGUAAUGGAUUUUAAGUCGGGGCGGGGGGGGGUGUAUUUUGUAUAAAGUACUUUUUGCGGGUGUGGGGAAUCGGGGGACUUGGGGAGGGGGAAGGGGAACAGAGGGAAGGAGACUGCUCAUUCCACCCAGAAGAAAGGGACUUAAGUAACGCUUUCUCUCUAGUCACAGCCAUUGGACAGGUCUCCAAAAGGCAGGGUCUGGGGCCCCUUUGAGGGGGACAAAGCUUGCAGGGACAAGGAGGAGGGUUAUGGCCGAAAAGGAAACUCCUCUAAGACGAGUACCUUCCCAAAACACGCGGCUGGAUGUUGAGAGGCAACCCGAAAGGUUCUAGUGAGCUCUCGAGGGGGGGGUCUCAGUAUUUGGAAUUCAGUUUCCAAACGGUGCAAGAAAGCAGCUUAAUGGAACUGCGUGGAGAGGAGCUGCAACUAUUAGCCAUCUUUUUUUGGGGGGGCGGUGUUCCUUUGUGGAUGGGAAAGGAUGUAUUGUCUCCUAACCUCUGAGAGGGUCUUAGGCUGGGGUGGGAACUUUGUCUGAAAGAGGCGAGGGGAGGAAGAGAGAGUCUUGAACAAGUGCCUGAAUUUAUCCUGUUUAAGGUUUGUGCUUGUGUGUGUCUGCAUCAUUGUGAUAGCUUUGUUUAUUCUAAGGGUUGGGUGAUUUAUUUUAUUUUUUUCCUUGCCUUUUUCUUUUGCUCUUAAGAGGUAGGUUGGUUGGCCCGGGAGGGGGGGGAAUUGGGGGUGGGGAGGGCGGCCGGGCCAGAACCCUGACUUUGCUGAAUAGCGCAGAAUGGCGAUUUUUCGGCAAGAGUGGGCUCAGGCAGGCUCUCGCUCUAACCCGUGCCCUCCGGUCUCGCUCUCUUCCUCUGGGGUCGCUUUUCCGAACCCCAGCUUUUGUCUAAUGAGCCACGUGUCCAGCGUAGAAAAGGCCCAACCUCUUCGGACUUUUUAUUUUCUAGGUAGUUGUAGUCAUAGUAGAUUAGGGGUGGGGGACCGGGAGGAAGUGGGUGGGGAGGGGGGGAAAGGAGCGGAGAAAGACAUCAUGCAGUCAAUUUUGAAUUUGCUCAAGUAGUUUUUUACAGAGCUGGAUCUGUACCUAGUCCUUGCUUAAGUUUGCUUGGUGCUGCCCCCCACUGUGGGGCAAUUAGUAUGUUUGUUUCUUAAGUACCCGAGGAAAAUCCGGCAGGAUUGAUGCCUGCACCUUUCUUUCAUUUGCAUUGUAUUUUAUUUUGAGUGUGAUUAUUGCUGUCUUUGUAAUUUUAGAGUUUGAAAUAAAAUUGAAAAAAGGACCAAAAAAAAAA